AUGUUGCAAAGAACAUCCUGUUUUCUCGUUUUUUUGUUGUCUGCGGUCAAUGGGCAGCAACAGAGACAAAUUCUGUAUUCUAGACUGGUGGACGAGGUGACCGACUACUCUUUAGCUGAGCUAUAUGGGGCAGACGAGCAUUUUUCCCAUUGUGCAGAACUGUGUUUUGAGGACGACUACUGUAUGGAGUUCCUUUACAGCGAAACAAGUAGAGAUUGCAUUGGACGUCAUUAUGUUCGAAAGAGAAACUACUCUUACAAGAAGGUUAUCCCGCCUUCUACCCGAAUGCUACACUUUAAAAGAGAAUUAAACUGGAUAAUGCAUUCUGGGCACUUGUAUUACUAUGGAGGAAAAGAACAUAAACUCAAAUGGCGAAAGGCAAAGUUGCUAUGCAAGAAACUAGGUGCACACUUGGUGGAAAUUGAAAGCAAAGAAGAAUCUGAUUGGCUAGCGUCUGAAUUUAUCAUGAGAGACGAUUGUUCUCCUGACAUGUACGAGACAUGUACAGCUUGGAUAGGAGGACACGAUCGUUCCACUGAGGGCCAUUACAUGUGGGUCCAUUCGAACACGUCUCUUGAGUUUACUAACUGGAAUCCAUCCGAAUCAAGCUUUGGUAAUUGGAGUGACUGCAUUGAUAUUUUACGUAAUGGAAAAUGGAACGACAGACACUGCUGGUUUUUAAAUUCGUUUAUUUGUGAGAGAAAUAGUGUUCACAUUUAGAUCAUUAUCCGUAUAGGACCACUCAAAAUUUUCGAUUGGCUUAACUGGCUGGUAUCAAGGUAAACUCAGCAUAGAUUUCUUUUCGGCCUCCAACUGCAUGGGCCUGUUUUCAGAAAUCAGAUGCAAGAAUCUUAUUUGGGCCUUUUAUUUGUGAAAAAUUAUCUGAAUAUUAAUACUCUCCAUGCUUAUUUUUUACUUUCACAAAAAAAUAUUGAUUUUUGAAAAUUCCUUUUGAAGAUCAGUUGAAAAAAAAACCUGCAUGUUCACUGAAAGGUGACCUAGCGUUCAGUUCAACUUGAUUACUUUUUGUCUGCAAUCCACCUUUUCAAACCUUUCAGUUAACAUUUAGUUGACUGAAUGACACAGGUCCAUCCUAUGUUACUGUCCGUUGUUUUUAUGCAUAUCUCUGUAAAUAAUACACAUGGCUUGAUUUCAUAUUUUCAAUGUUCAGAGUUUGGUGUUUUCUAUAACGUCAGUUUAUACGCACGACACUUAGUUAUUAUUGUAUGUUUUAUUUUAUGUGCCGCGAUUUUUAGAUUCUUGUCUGAAUGCUCGUAAUCUAUGGUUUACGCGAUUUUUAGAUUCUUGUCUGAAUGCUCGUAAUCCAUGGUGUAAUUCAUUUUGAUAAUUGCCUACCUUUUUCAUGACCUAAACCAAAUUGUCAGGUACGUGUACCUGUAAAUAUACUCUAAGCUGUGCUUAUUGAUAAAAUUGUGCAUAAAUUGUGGUUACAUUUUGCCAUGUGUUCGACCUAUGGUGCGCCAUUUCAAUCAUAUUAUGUUAUUUAUUAAAUGUUGAAUAAUGAUUUCUCUCGAAUGUUAAGUGAUUUGAAAAACUGAAGUCAGAUGUACGGAUUAUUAUGUUAUGGUAACAAAAACCUAAUUUGGUUUCUCUUCAUUAAAUGUAGCUUUUUAGCAGCAUGCUCGCACGCAUACUUUGAAUGACCUCACACAUCAGUGAACAAGCCUGACGUGUAUGAUGGUUACCUAUCUGUUGAAAUAGACUUUCAAACGGACCUGCGAGUUCUUAUUCAGGCGAAAUAUCUGUAUUUUCGUUCAAUCGAGUAUUUAUUCGUAAAUGUCAUUAGAGAAAGAAAGAUUUAGUGAGAUUGUCUGUACAUCGAGUUAGUAAAUUAUGAAAGCUUGAACUGCCUAUGACACUGGAGUUCAAUUUGUAAGGGACUACUCAAAUGCGACAAUGUAUUUUCUUAAGCUGGCCUGUAAGAAUAAUGGUUAAUCCCAUAAUAUAGUGUAACGUAUUCACUUUGAUGUUGAAUAAUAAAUACCGUUUUUAAAAUUUCCAAAUUUUAUUAAGUCCGAAAAUCAGUAUUUCACAUUACAUACAAAAGUACAGCUCAAUUUAACAAAGGUCGGAAAUAGAAGAACACACAAUUUUCACUCACACGCUUUUCAUCUUUGACAACUCCGCCUACUCUCACCUUAACCAGCCAAUAGAAAUAAUUAAAAAGUUUCAAAUAAAUUUGCAUCAGCAAGCAGAAUUUUACAAUGCUCACAUAUGGAAGACAGAAAACCGUAAUUUUAACCAUGAAUAAAUCAAAGAAACGUAUUUCUCAGAUCUGACUGUUAAUUUUACAAUAAUUAAAGAAUAAUGACAUUGGUACCAAGAUUCAGGGAAGGGGAAUGUCAAGAUAAAAUUACAUGUACUAACGUAUGUUUAAAUUAGGGGACUGAAGGUUAUGAUUGCUGUCUUACUUGAAAUUUAAAUAUUGUCUCUCCGAAGAUAUUUCUGCAGCAAAUGUGCACGACAUUUAAUGAUCAAAUUACUGUAAUACUGACGGGAGUUGAUUUUAUCGAUUAUUAUUUAUUUUAAAAUCAACGAUAUGCAAUUUUGUAUGCAUGGCAAGUAAAUUCCUAUAAGUAUUUGAAUUACGCACAUUUUUUAUAAUAUGAAUUCUCCUACAGGAAAUUCGUGAAAAUCCAAUAUAAAUCAUGUUGUGUAAUAUUCUAAGAAUUAGUCCAUCAAACUGAGUAUCAGUAAUCGAAAUAGUUAUGAGAAAUUGUAUGGAUCCAAGCAAAAUUGAACUCUAGUCUCGUUCAACCAGACUCUCAGCUGUAUCCGUUAAUCUACGACAAGCAAGAGAGACUCUCUGCUUGCCGGAGAUUUACGGAAACAGCCGAGCGUCUGGUUGAACGAGACUUUAUUGAACUCUGGCGUAUGAAUACAUAAAAUGUACGACUUCAAAAAAUAUCUAAAUUGUUCGUACCAUUUAAAAUCUGACUAUUUACAAGGUAUCUAUAAAUUUGUUUCCUUGAAAACCAAUGCUUAAGAACUCAUUACUUCGAAUUUAUUGAUUAGAACUAAAUGUUGUCAGCGGUGUUGAUUUGUGCUUCGGUCCAAACACUGUUUCACUUUCGGUUUGCCUGAGUAACUGCAUAGAAAUUGAUUAAAAUUAACUCCCAAAAAUUCACAUACACGUGAAAGAAAUGCAAUUUAUAUCGAUAAAAGGGAAAAUAUUCAAGAUAUGUUCAUUGACAUAAUAUCAGUUUUACAUCGAAAAAAUCCACAAGAACGAAAACAGAUUUCUUACGAAAAUGUUUUUAUUUGUUUUGAUUCGGGAACUUCCAUCUCUAUUGCAAUGUAAAAGCCUGUUAGACUGUUUUAGGCGUGUAUAAAAAACCUGACAAGCUAGAGGGGCGUUUCAACGGCGAAAUCUUGGGAUUUUAUUAUACGAUUAAAUAAACAUUGCUUGCACCCAAAGGUAUUAAUAAAUGUAGAAUGAUUUAAGAAAUUGUGCGGCAAAAAUGUAUUGGGACAGACUAUAAAAAUGCAUAUAAGUAAUGAACAGAUUUUUAAGAAUUUAGGGGAAAGGAUUAUUUCAUAUAUUUCACACUGUUUUAUCAUUUGUUUCCUUAGUAUAUUCUUUCAUUUACACCCACGAUCAUGAAAAAUUGAUUAAUCCAUGUAACAAAUGGGUAUUAAUAUGACAUAAUUGAUGCAAAAAUUGUAGAUUGAAGAGAUUAUUGUGAAAUAAUCCUAAAUUACUCUAUUCUCCGAGCUGUAGAAAUAAUAUUAUCAAACUAAAGUGAUUGUGUGAAUAUUAUCAAAUCUGUUGAAUUGAAAAAUAAAAUAUGUUACUUACACAAUAUGUUAUACAAUAUU